AUGAUAUCUAGAAGCAUCAAAACAAUCCUGUUCUGCACGAUAUUUGGCUGCUGCUGCAUCCCAUGCAAGGGGGAAAUAGAUUCCGGCAAGAGUCUGUUCGAGUGGUUGGAGGAGGAAGGAGGAAGCGUGCUUGACGGAGUAAGUGUCGGAGGAACACCGAGGGGAUUGAUAGCAGAGAAAGAAUUUUCACCCGGGGAUAUCAUCGUCACCGUUCCUCUGAAACAUGCUAUCAAUCUUGGUACUGCUUCGUCCUCGACGGAAAGUGCGGCUAUCCUGCUACGAGAAAGAUACAGAAAGAGCCGGCGGAGAUUUGAUCCUUACCUCCAGUCCCUUCCCAAGAUAGAAGAGCUGAUGACGGUCGACCUCGCAGAUGAAGACGACAUCUGGUGGCUUCAAUCCCCUGACCUCAUCGAAGCAGCAUGGCGAUGGAGGAACGCCACGUUGGCGGGGUACAGGAGCAUUGGGAGCAAGAGCUUUAUGUUGGGCGGACGCCAUCUCACCCUCAACGAGUAUCGGUGGGCCGUAUCUAUCAUCUCCUCGCGCUCCCUUGCCAUCGUCGCGCCCAACGGGGACAUGUUGAAAUAUCUUAUCCCUGUGAUGGAUCUGGCGAAUCACCAGGAGGAAAGCAAGCAUCAUGUCAGGUUGGCCGAUGGCGCCCGGGCGUUCCACCUAGUAUGCGGUCAGCCUAUCAAGCCGAAAGAGGAGAUCAGAAUCAGCUAUGGUCCUCUUAGAGGAGACGAGACCGUUCUCUUCUACGGGUUCCUGCUGGAGCCUCCCUCUUCGCUCCAACCCUUCGCAGUUGAUAUGCCAGGAUGGACUCCGGAUGCUCCUCCUCCUCUUCUUCGCUAUCAACCUGUCUCGGUGGUGACAUCUCUGGAGUCCGAAAUUCAGCGAGUCCAGAGCAAGCUUUCCAUGCUCAACACCAGCGUUGCUUCGCAGAGUCGAGCUCCUUUCUCGAAGUUCGCUCAGAUGUACCAAGACAUGCACGCUAUGAGGAUAGAAUCUCUCAGGCACGAGCUGCAACAACUUCAAAGGAGGGGCGCAGAGAAGAAUAUCUUGUCUAGUGUGCUUUUCGUAUACGUGUACGGAGCUUGCGAGGAGGGUGCUGGAGCAGGGAAAGUUUGCAAGGAGCCCAUAGACGCUAAUCGCGCGUUUGCUCGCUCUUUCGCAAUCGUCUUCGCUGUUGCACUGGGAUGCAUCGCGUUGGCUGUGCUUCUUAUUCAGGCAGGAGCAGCGAAGAGCGUCUCUCUCUACGGAGGUUUCACUUCGAAUUUGGAUCUUGACAAGGGUACACUCAGCGCCCUCGAGGCAGUAGCUGGUCCUGCCUCCGGACGCCGUGGAGGAAUUGCGUUCUCGGAUGCUGCCCCCCGCGUUCCUCGUAUCUUGGCAGCUCAGAUGCAGAGGCGAUCAGCUUCGCAGCAGAUGUUGGCAUCUAUGAACAGCAAGAGGAGUGAGGCUGAUAAAGUUGCCGAUGGGAUGAGGACACAGGAUUACAUGGAUCUUACGGAUGCUGCCGGGAUGGAAUGA